CCCCGGAAUGAAGUGCCCGAGUCGUCCGGUGGUCCAGAAAUGUCCAAAAUUAAGCAGCGAUCGCUGCUGAGCCGGUGCGAAAUAGUGGUCUAUUUUGGCGUCUACAUUGCCUAUAUAGCGAUUGGCCUAAGCAAGAUCUAUGGCCUGCGGGAUCAGAUAGCUGCAAAGGCCAAGUACCAGUUCCCCAAGGGCUGGAGCCUCUAUCCCAUCGCCGAGCGCCGGCGUGAUGACAGCAACGACGAACUAGAGAACUUUGGAGACUUCAUAGCCAAAUUCUGGCCAUUCUACCUACUCCAUGCCGUCGUUCAGGGAGUUAUACGUUGGAAGUGGCCCCGGUUUCAGUGUCAGGGCUUCGCCGUGGUGUCUGCCUUGGCCCUGGGCUUUAACAUCGACUGGACAUCGGGUUUGGUUCUAGCUCUGCUGAUUGGUAGCUACUACCUGGUGUCCCUGGCCAGCUCCAAGCUCACAGUGUGGCUCUUGUCCGUAGGCUGGAUACUGUGCAUUAACUUAAUGCAGAAGAAUGCCUGGUGGACAGAUCGUGUGGGCUACUCGGAGUACGUCCUGGUCAUAAUCACCAUGUCGUGGAGCCUGCUGCGAGGCUGCAGCUAUGCACUCACCAAGAUAGCAGCUCAGAAGGAUCACCAGGAGCGCUACAGCCUCAUCCAGUACCUGGGCUAUGCCUUGUACUUUCCCUGUCUGACCUAUGGACCCAUUAUCAGCUACCAAAGAUUCUCCCACAGGCAAAGGAAUGACCAGCAGGACUGGCUGGGCUUUGCUGGCGGGGUGCUGCGAAGUGCGUUCUGGUGGCUGGUGAUGCAGUGCGCCCUCCACUACUUCUAUAUACACUACAUGUCGCGGGACGUGCACAUGGUGGAGCUGAUGGACUCGGUGUUCUGGCAACACUCCGCCGGCUACUUCAUGGGCCAGUUCUUCUUUCUGUACUAUGUGAUCACCUACGGCUUGGGGAUUGCCUUUGCCCGGCAGGAUGGGAUUCCGGCUCCGAAGAGACCACGCUGCAUAGGCCGCAUCCACUUCUACUCGGACAUGUGGAAGUACUUCGAUGAGGGACUCUACGAAUUCCUUUUCCAGCACAUCUACGCCGAGCUGUGCACCCGGCGUUCCUCGCCAGCGGCCAAGCUGGGAGCCACCGCCUUGACCUUUGCCUUUGUGUUCGUGUGGCAUGGUUGCUACACCUACGUGCUCAUCUGGAGUAUACUUAACUUCCUCUGCCUGGCUGCGGAGAAGCUCUUUAAGGCGCUGAUAUCCAUGCCGGGGUAUCAGCGUUGGACACAGCGGUAUCUGGGUGAAGUGGGCUCCCAGAGGCUCUAUGCCCUUUUGGCCACCCAACUUUUUAUACCCGCCGCCUUCUCCAAUGUCUACUUUAUUGGCGGACAGGAGAUUGGUGACUUUUUGAUGCGCGGGGCUUACCUCAGCGGCUUGGGUAAUUAUAUGGCCUUGUGCUUCUGCAGCUACUGUUUUUUCCAAUGCUCCGAGCUGCUCCUGGCCAAGUAGGAGCAGACAAAAACCGACUGACCUCGCCACAAAGUCUGCCUAGGAUUAAUGAACAAAACAGUGACUUAUUUUUACAAAAACCUUUUGUAUUAUCAAUGGCUUUAUAGCAAAUGUAUUACUUAUUUUUGUAAUUUCAUUAUGAAUUAAAUAUAUUUUCGUGUCUAA